CACUAAUUUCACGGAAUUCAUACACACGGAUCAUAUAAAACAAAUUACAUCGACAAGCAGAAUACCUUGAUACUGCAGUUAAUCUGGGCGGGAAGUUAUAGUAUAGUAUAGUAUAGUAUAGUUGCUAAUUUCCACUAGAAUAAGGUGACCAAGUAACGAGCUUUUGGGUUUGCAUGGUUACCUCGACAAAAUCUUUCCACAGUUGAAGAUAUAAGAUACUUUUUAGUGAGUACCAUCGGCUGGGUGAAAUAAGUUUAAAAUUGGAACUUGUCUACCAGUCCACACUAUGUCACGUCCCAGAAGAAAUCAUCGUCUUUCGAGGAUCCGUCUGUAGGGUGUUUAGUAUAUUGAAAAGAGGAAAAGUUUUGGAUGUGAUGAUAUAAUUGUGUUCUUGGGUACAUGGAGCUCCAAGUCUUAAAAUAACUUCACUCAAAUGAGAACAGUUUGCAGUUCGAGCAGGAGAUCAGCAUGUUCAACCCACUGAAUGAAUUGACCAGAAUCACACAUCAUAACUUCGCAGUGUCUGAUGUUCCUGAAAUCUCUGGUGACUGGUUGGACAGUCUGUCUUCUCACAUGCAACUGAAGAAUGUGGACCACAAGCCAGAGGUGACAUUACAAAGGGAAGAAUGUGAUUCCCCAUAUGAGAUUUAUGACAUGGACAGAAGUCAGUCACCUGCUGCACAAAAGGAUACGGAGUGCAAGCCAGAACUGAAGGAAGUGCCAGGGUAUGAAGAGGAAUGUGACUCCCCAGAUGAGACUGAUGAGACAGAUGAGGAUCAGUCAUUUACUUAUGAAAAGAAGCGAAGGAACAAGAUACACAAGCCUAAUUACAAGCAGCUGGAUCUUCAGUGUGGGUGGCUGGACUGCAACUAUCGAAGCACUAAUCUUGAUCACUUUGUGGUCCAUGUCAGCCUCCACAUUCCACACCUUGAGGUCAAAGAGAAUCAGAAUCAUGAAGGUGUUUACGCUUGUUUGUGGGAGUCAUGUGGGUUUGAAUCUUUCGAUUCCAAUGAGAUUGUGAGACAUGUCAACUUCCACUCAUAUCACACCAAAAUAAAGUGCAUUGGAUCAAACAUAGUGGCUCAGUCAGAGCUACUGGGUUGCACAUUCAGCCCAGUUGGGAAAAACCUGGUACCAAAUUUGCCACAUGCAUUUACCUGCAGCUGGGAUGAUUGUGAGCGAACAUUCAACAACUCACAGAUGUACUUCCGUCAUGUGCAGACACACGUCCAUAACAACCCACACGGCCACAAAGUGGUAGGAGGUGUGCCCUGUAGCUGGCGUGGUUGCAAGUCUGUGUUCCGCUCAGUAUACAAAUUAGCAGAACAUGUCAGAAGCCACACGCAGGAGAAACUUGUGGGCUGUCCAACAUGUGGUGGGCUCUUUGCAAAUAAAGUAAAGUUCGUGGAUCAUUGUAAGCGUCAGGUUCCCUUGGAAUUGCAAGGGUACCAGUGCUCACACUGCUCCAAAUUUUAUGCAUCUAAGAGACUGCUGCGAGACCACAUGUGUCACCAUUCAAAUGCCUACAAGUGCACCUUCUGUGCCAUGACCUGCCCUAGUCCAUCAGGCCUUGCUGCACACAUUCGCUACAAACACAUAGACUGCAAGCCAUUUAAGUGCAAUUUUUGUGAAUUCACAGCAAAGACACAGUAUGAUCUGAAAUGCCACUUGAACACACAUUCCUCAGAACCACGUUAUUGCUGUGAGGUGAAGGGAUGCACCUUCUCAUGUCGCAGUGGGUAUGGGCUUCGUAAGCAUUACCGCAAGUCUCACCGUAGGGAUGACGAGCCAAUGUACUGCUGCCACAUAUGUGAUAAUCUGUUUCAACGUGGGUCCCUGCUCACACAGCACCUCAUGGUUCAGCACAGCAUCUUCUGGCCACCAGGGCAUUCCAGAUUCAGGUACAAAUGUGAUGAUGAUGGAUACUUCCGGCUUCAGAGAUUGAAGGGGGCCCAGAAGAUGCAGUCACCACCUCAUUCUACCCAGCCAUUGUGUGGCAGUAGUCGCUACAACCUGCGUCGAGUAAGUGGCAGGCGUUUUGAGGUCACAGUUGCAGAGCAUGAAGAUGAUCCCCAGAUGAAAGAGGAGUAAGAAGGCAGCAUUUUCACCUCCAUAAGAAACUGGAUAACCAUGUGACUGUUGUUCAUGACAAGAUGACGGAGGUUGAUGAGGUGCCUGCUUUUCCCCCAGGGACUGUCAUUCUUAUUUUCAGUGGUAGUCAAAUGUAGUGAAUUGUUUGCUCGUUUACUCAAGUUCUUUUGUCAUUCUAGCUGCGUUCUACAUUGUGUGUUAUGUUUCUGAGAAGUUACAAAAUAUGUUGUUCUGUCUGUAUAAACAUGGUAGAAUGAAACCCCCAUUUAAGGAUUCUUAGGACAGCAAUGGAUAUGAACACUAAACUGAAGGAUAUUUUUAAAUGGAGAAAAUUUAACAUUGAGAUUAUUCCCUGGGGAGCAUUGUAAUUAAACAUAUUACUGCAGUAACUAUCAGGAUAAAUAUUGUCAUAUAUUUGAAGGGGUGUGAUGGUUAGACAGGGUUUGGAUUGGAUAAUUGGAUUUAUUGUAGUUAUACACUCAACUUAUAACUAAAUUAAUAUAGCAUCAUCGCUGAUCUACACACUUUACAGUUCACUGUUACACACACACUAGGGUUCUCAGUCUUCAUUAGUCAUAU